AUGGCCAGUCACGAGUCCUCCGCCAUUAAGCACAGCGACCACCUGCUCCUUGAUCAGCCGCUUCUCCGCCUCCCGAACGAGCUCCUUCGCAAGAACUUCCGGUCAGCCCACUUUGUAAUCGAGAGGGAUACAUCGGCCUUGAAGAACCUCCUCAAGGAGUCCGCCACCGCGGCGGUGUCCGGCCGGGCCUCGCAGCAGGAUGUCCUCAAGAACCUCGACGCCAUGAUCACCCGCAUGCGGGGCGUCAAGCGCAAGCUGUCCCAGUAUGCGGGCGAGGAGGCCCGCCUGCACGAGCACACCGCCGCCCGCAUCCAGCAUCUCGACGAUCUCUACGGCAUCAACACCGUCGAGGAUGUCAAAUAUGAGGCAUGGAGCAGGAAGAGGCUGGAUAGGCUGCUUGCCGACUACUUCCUCCGGAACGGGUUCCACGAAAGCGCCAAGCAGCUGGCCAAGGAAAGAAACAUGGAGCGGCUGGUGGACGUCGAAACCUUUGAGAGCAUGGGGCGGAUCCGGCUCGCUCUGCUAGACGGGAGCGUCACUGAAGCUCUGGCUUGGUGCGCAGAGAAUAAGAAGGAGCUUCGAAAGAUGGAGUGCAGGCUAGAGUUCAUGUUACGGCUUCAACAGUACAUCGAGCUCAUCCGGGCAGGCACCCAGCCCAAGCUUGUCGAGGCCAUCACCCACGCCAAGAAGCAUCUGGUCCCGUACCGCAGCCAGCACCCUAGGGAGGUUUCCCAGGCCUGCGGUCUCCUCGCCCUCCCCCCCAACUCUCGCAACGCGGAGGACUGCUAUGCCGACCUCUACCGCCCUCGCUGGAUCGAGUUGGCCGAUCUCUUCACCACCACCCAUAAUCAACUGCUCUCUCUCCCCUCCGUCCCACUCCUUCACAUCGCCCUCUCAUCUGGUCUCUCCGCCCUCAAGACACCAGCCUGCCACGCUUCUACAACGAACCAGGGGGGUUCAGUUCACGCCCAUCAGGACGACCACAGUUCCCAGGACCACGGCGUCUGCCCCAUCUGCUCAACAGAGCUCAACGACCUCGCCAAAUACGUGCCGUAUGCCCAUCACACCAACAGCCACGUCCAGCCCGACUUGGUCAUGUUCCCCUCCGGGAAGACCUGCAGCAAGCAGCGUCUCGUAGACGAGGCCAAGAAAGCCGGCCUCCCUCCGUACCAGGUCAAGGACCCAAUGACGGGCACGCUGCACCACCAAGAGGACCUCAAGAAGGUGUACAUAACAUAA